GUGAUUGUUUUGGAGGAGAGCGAGUGCGUGUGAGGAGAGAGUGUCCCAAAAUUUGGGACAUUGUUUGACAGUGAAAAAAAAUUUUGUGCAGCAUAGGAAAUCAUUUUUUGGUGGAAUUUUUGCACAAAUUGCGCGAUAAAAAUUGCACUUGGUGUAUUCUGUGGUAAAUUAGUGAGUUCCCAGUGAUCUUGGUGUGGUGCUGGUGCCAUUGAUAAGUGGAUCAGCCGAAGAGCAGUGUGUGUGUACUCAAGAGAAGAUAUUUGUAUAAUUGAGAGAAAAGAGCGAAGUGCUUUCGAUUCUCUUGGUAUCAAAAGCAGAGAUACCCCAAAGAAGCCAGAAAGGCAGCUCAAGAGCAUAAGGCGAGGAGUUUUUCUGAGGAAGAAAAAAUGUCGCUCCCGCUGAACUCUCUCUACAGCUUAACGUGGGGCGACUAUGGCACCUCUCUUGUUUCGGCCGUGCAAUUGCUUAGAUGCCACGGGGAUUUAGUGGAUUGCACUCUGGCUGCUGGAGGACGUAGUUUCCCAGCGCACAAGAUUGUCCUGUGUGCUGCCAGUCCGUACCUCCUGGAUCUCCUCAAGAAUACACCGUGCAAGCAUCCGGUGGUUAUGUUGGCUGGAGUCAAUGCCAACGAUCUCGAAGCCCUUCUUGAGUUUGUUUACCGUGGAGAAGUCAGUGUGGAUCACUCUCAGCUGCCGUCACUCCUGCAGGCCGCCCACUGUCUCAAUAUUCAGGGGCUGGCACCGCAGACAGUUAGCCACAAGGAUGACCAGUAUCAGAUCCAACUUCAUCCCACCAUUGUGCCCCAGCACAUUAAAACUGUCAUCGAUGUUGGCAAUAAUGCUUGUUCGGAACAGCUAAUCACGACAAUUCAGUCCCCCGCCGAAACGGUCCAGGCCCAAAUAGUUGAAGAAAUCAGCCCUGAUCAGAUCCCCGAAGAUGUUACCAAGGAUGUCAUAAGCCAUCUUUUGCCCACGAGGAAGCGGAAGCCACGCACCCGAAAGCCAUCAACUGCAAAUGCUAAAGUUCCACGCACUGAGAUAAAACAGGAGGCGGAAACAACGGAAAAUGGAGUGUCUACUGGAAAACAAGAGCAGAAACAAGAUGUUGUCAAACCAAAAUCCCGAUCUCAAUCAGAACAACCAGCCUCGUGUCCAAUAUGUGGAGCAAUCAUCCGGCAAUCUCGAAACUUGCGACGUCACCUGGAACUGAGACAUUUUUCACGACCUGGCGCGAAAAAGGAAAAGAAAUCUAAAUCGAACAGUGUAUCAUCGGAAUCGGCUUCAACGUCAACAGGAACAGUAACCGUAGUAAUGGCCCCACCCGGAACACCGCAACAACAACAACAACAGCAACAACAACUUGUGGAAGCGCAGCAACAAGUAGUGAGUCAAGCAGAAACAACAGAUGGGAGUAAUUCACUCUCGGUAACUCAUGUCCAGGCCAUACAGGGACACCAGCUGACAAUUGGGAAUCUGAAUCAGUUAUAAAGUGGUAAUGAAAGAAAGAAAAAAUGUUUAAAGAAAAUAUGAAAGGGGGAAAAGUGUAUAAAAAGCACACGGAGUGCGUUUUGUUUGAAUGUUGGGCGUUACACGAAACAUUUUGAUUUUAUUUCUUGGGGAUCGUGUGAGACAGAGAUAUUGUGCGAGCACAAGUGGGAGGAAGUAGAGAGAGAUCCAUCGUGGAGAUUGCAAGGAGAGAUUUUGAACAAGAGGGAGCGCAAUUUUUUUUUAGGCAUACCACAGAAGGAUUAAAAAGACACACAGACAUCCAGGCUCAAAAAAGAAAAUCUUUUUGGGCAAAAUGCAAAGAGAGGAAAACACUUUUAAAAAAAAAAUUUCCACUGUAAUUUUUAUUUCAUACAAAAUGGGAUUUUAUUUUAAGAAUUUAUAUAGUCAAAUUAGACGAAUGCAAAAACAGAAAAAGAAACCUUAUAUUUCUCAUCCUCUAUCAACUUUUCUCUGUGUUUACUUUCCCUGCCAUGGUAGAGAAUAUUAAAUGAUUUAAAAAAUAAAAGCAAAAGAUAAUAAUGUUUGUGCUUAAAAUGUAGCAAAAGAGGAUAUUUAGUGAAAUAAUUCCAUAUAAAAAACAUUUAACACAAAAAUAGGCGUCAAACAAUGGUGAGCAGCAACUGGAAGAAAAUCCCGAAGAGACUCACACGGAAUUGUUUAGGAUAAAUGCAAUUUAUGCUAUUCAAGAAGCCACCCAACAGGAUUAGAUUAAACCAUUUUAUCAAAGGAUUUAGUUUGUAGGUAACCUUUAACCAAUUAAUGAAUAAUUGGGUAAACAAAAAUCUGUGUAAAGUGAAUUAAAAAAUCUCUCUUUUUUUUCUUAAAAGUGGGGAAAGUAACUCACAGAAAAGCACUUAAAAAAUACAACAAAAAAAAUGUAAAAAAUGAAAUUACGAUUUUUUUCAGUUAAUUUCGCAGGCUUGCAAUAGCUAGAAUUUUUUCUUAUAUUUUAUUUAUGGUAGCCGAGAGACUGUGUUUACUUUCGCCAUUUAUUUUCUAAAUAUUUGUAUAGCAUAGAGAAAAAAACAACAAAAAAAAAGAAAGUGAGAAAGGUAAAAUGUGAGCAGUGCUAAUGGACAGCAGCACCUAUAAAAAAAAGUAAUUUAUUUUUAUUUUAGAAAUGAUUGAAUUUGCAAUGUGUGGUUUUUUGAGUUCUUUCGGAAAAUACCAAAAUUUUGAAUUAAAAAAAAAAAUGGAUUUUACAGAAAAAAAAAGUAUCCAAAGAAACGUGAAAUUUCUUUGCACACUUAUGGCCAUUUGAAAACAAAUUAUUGACAGAUGUUUAGAAGAAAUGAAAUGUUUUUAAUAUUAUUUGAUAAUUUGGAGGACAAAAAAUAACAGUGCAAUAAUUUGAAUUUUGGUUUUAGUUUUAUUUUUAUUCUUGAAUUUGCUUGAUAUGCACAAAAUUAUGAAAAUAGCACUCAAGAAUUUGUUUUGAAAAUAUGUUUUCGAAACUACGCGUAUGAAUGAGCAAAAGGACUAGAAGUAGAUCUCGCUGACUCUAACUGAAUCUUCAAAAAAAUGUUUAUAAAACAAAAAUUAAUCUAAAUAAUUUUUAUUUUGAUCAUGAAGAACAGCUCAUUAGUAAUUUGUUUUUUUUUUGUUAUGAGCAACUCAAAUUAAUUGGAUUUUGCUCAAUAUAAACAACAAUUUUUGAAUAAUUUUUGAUUUGCUCAUAGUGAGCAACACCAGAAAUUUUUACUCAUUAUGAGCAACACAGAAUUAUAUUUGUUUUGCUCAAUGUGAGCUACACAGAAUUAUUUUAGUUUUGCUCAUUAUGUGCGACAUGAAAUAAUUUUUGUUUGCUCAUUACGAGUAACUCAAAAUUAUAUUUGUUUUGCUCAAUAUGAGCAACGCAGAAUUAAUUUUGUUUUGCUCAUUAUGAGCAAAGCAGAAUUAUAUUUGUUUUGCUCAAUGUGAGCUACACAGAAUUAUUUUAGUUUUGCUCAUUAUGUGCGACAUGAAAUAAUUUUGAUUAGCUCAUUACGAGUAACUCAAAAUUAUACUUGCUUUGCUCAAUAUGAGCAACACAGAAUUAAUUUUGUUUUGCUCAUUUAGAGGAAAGCAGAAUUAUAUAUUUGUUUUGCUCAAUGUGAGCUACACAGAUUUAUUUUAGUUUUGCUCAUUAUGUGCAACAUGAAAUAAUUUUGGUUAGCUCAUUACGAGUAACUCAAAAUUAUACUUGCUUUGCUCAAUAUGAGCAACACAGAAUUAAUUUUGUUUUGCUCAUUUAGAGGAAAGCAGAAUUAUAUAUUUGUUUUGCUAAAUGUGAGCUACACAGAAUUAUUUUAGUUUUGCUCAUUAUGUGCGACAUGAAAUAAUUUUAGUUUUGCUCAUUAUGUGCGACAUGAAAUAAUUUUAGUUUGCUCAUUAUGAGCAAUACAGAAUUAUAUUUGUUUUGCUCAAUGUGAGCUACACAGAAUUAUUUUGUCUUGAUCAUUGUAAGCAACUCAAUAAUUUCUAUUUUGGUCGUUACGGGCAAUGCAAAAUGAUUUCAGUUUUGCUCAAAAUGAGCAGAAAAAAAACUUCUGGUUUGCUCAUUAUGAGCAACACAGAAUUAUGUUUUUGCUCAAUGUGAACUACACAGAAUUAUUUAGUUUUGCUCAUUAUUUGGACAUGAAAUAAUUGUGAUUUGCUCAUUAUGAGCAACGCAGAAUUAUAUUUGUUUUGCUGAAUAUGAGCAACACAAAUUAUUUUAUUUUCGCUCAUUAUUUGUACCAUGAAAUAAUUUUGGUUUGUUCAUUAUGAGCAACGCAAAAUUAUAUCUAUUUUGCUCAAUAUGAGCUACACAGAAUUAUUUUAGUUUUACUUUUUAUGAGCGACAUGAAAUAAUUUUUGGUUUGCUCUUUAUAAGCAACACAGAAUUAUAUUUGUUUUGCUCAAAGUGAGCAAUAUGAAACAUCAUUUUGCUUUUGUCAUUAUGAGCAACACUAAAUUAUAUUUGUUUUGCUGGAAAUUAACAACAUAAAAUAAUUUGAGUUUUACUCAUUAUGAACAACACAAAAAUUUUGUGUUGCUCACUUUCUGAGCAACAUAAUAAUUAGCUGAGUGUUUUUGCAUUAUUAUUUUUUGCUCAAUUUCAGCAACACAGAAUUAUUUUAGUUUUGUAAACAUCUGUCUGACUUUUCAGUCAGAAUACGUGAAAUAAAAUUUGAAUCACCUAACUCAUUCACAUAAAUUUCGAAAUCUUAUUUACAAAACAAAAUCUAUUGGAAAUCGACCAUAAUGAUUGUGCAUUUUGAAUUAAAAAAAAAGAAAAACGAAAUUUAUGCAAUUUUUUAUACAAUAAAAUUAUCAAUGAGACAUUGAAGCACCGUAUUGAAAGGAUUAUUAUAGAAAAAAAUCAAGGAAUAAAUUGAGGAAUGAAUAGUGCGAAAAUUUUCACAUGAAUAGGCUUUUACAAGUAAUUUAAGGAAAGUAAUUUAAUCCAAAACACUUAAUUUUUCAAUGUCAUAAUUCUAGUGGUAAAAAAAAUUAAUGGCUAAAGAAUAUUAUAAUGAAAAAGAACUCAUGUGGUCAUCUGAAAAUCUGCAUAAAUUCAGUGUAUAACAUUUUUAUGCAGUGUAAACCACUGAUUCGAAUGUGUGUUUUAUUGAUAACAAAAAAAAAACUACAAAAGUAAAAAAGAGUGUAAUUUGUAAAACAAUUUAGGAAAGUAAAACGAAACAGUGAAUGGAAGUCACAGAAGCUCUCUCUGAGUACCUUAAACUACAAAAUGAAAUUUAAAAGGGAGAACUCAAUCUUUAAUGCGCUGAAGGUUUUAGAGAGUGAUUUGAGAUAAAGAAAAGCAUGUAUUUUCUAUCGUCAAUCUAUCAAAUUAUUUUACUAAAUAGAUUAAAAUGAGAAAUAUCGUGCAUAAAAAAAACUAAUUUCAAAGUAUAAGUGUUUAAAACUGAACUAUUACAAUAGAAAUAGAUUGUGGUGAGAAACCCUAAUUCAUUUUCUUUUCUUUGAUUAUGUAAUUAGAAGUUAAUAAGGUAAAUCAAAUGAACUAUUUAAGGACAUAGUAAUUUAAUUGGUAAUAAUGAGUGUAAAAAACAAAAACUAAGUGAAUAAAAUUUGUGAAUAAUAAA